AUGAUGGAUGAAGACUUGGCAUCUAACCCAUUUGCUGCCCUAUUCUCAAGCUUAGAAAGUGCAAAGGCUUUUACAGAUGAGGCUGCUUGCAAAUUUCAAAAGGUUGCUACAGAACAGAAUGAAGAUCAUGUAGCAGAGACAGAUGCUUCUGAAAGUAUUAGCAGUCCAUUUGUGGAUAUUGAUGAGGACAAAAAGAUCAACCUGGUUGCCGAACAAAUCUUCAGGGUCACCCUAAGCCAAGCCCACACUAGCAAACAUGGUAACACAGUCAACUAUUUUCCUGAUGUGGCAGAAGUUCACAGCGAUUUCUCUGAAAUCAAUGUCUCCAACCUGAAACAUAUUGUGUUUGAUGUCUUGAUGCUUGACCGCCAUGCAGACGACUUCCAGUUAAGCCAUCAGUUGGAUGAUGAGAGGGAGCCAGUCUUUGGUAACAUUGAAAUUGAGAACACAGAAGUGUUGUCUUAUCUGUACUGUGCUUAUAGAAGGUAUCAGAUGGAGUUAGAGCAGGGAGCCCAAACAGAAGGCGUCAGCUUAUUUCUUCAAGAGUGCAGAGAUGUGAUUUUGCUGAAUGCCAGAAUGUGUUUACAGCAGCCAGAGCUGUAUCAGUAUCAGGACUUUGUCAGUCAGUUCAUUUAUUUAUGCCUGGAAGAAGACCUCCCUACCCAAGAUCCCAAAAACUACCCCUGCCAUUUUUUAAGGGAAGUGUCUGAGGCAAUAGAAAGCAACAGUGAUCAGGGCUCAUUGAUCCAGUCAUUCCAGCCCAUUCUUCAAGAGGUUAAAGUGAGACUGACUGCUGAGAACAUGAGCAUAGUUCACAAGGAUGCAAUCAAGUAUGUUAAAGUGCUGCAUUUUUUCACUGGCACUGCAGCACUGGCCAGGACUUUCCUGUCCCUCAACACUCCAGAACCUUCUCAUAAUUUCCAUGGAAGAAUUUAUGAAAUGACACCAAUUGGAGCAGCUCUGAGUCUCAGUGUCCUUCCACGUGCAGAAAGUGGUCCUUUCCAGUUUUUCUCCAAGCCAUCAACUCAGAGUAAAAAAGAGGUGGACAUGGUUGAAGCCAGUGUCUGGGGGGCAACGAAGGAUCUCAUUGGUGGCAUUCACAAAAUCUUUGUGGAUCUCAUGAAAGUCACACCAGACAUGAAACAUUAUACACUGAGAUGGUUGGGUUUGUGCAUUCAGGGAAACACAGGACGAGCAAAAUUGUGGGCCAGUAAUUUGCCUGCUGACCUGUUUGUUAGUGAUGCUUUUGCUGUGAAUGUGACCCACAUGCUCCUGUUAUUCUGCCGACCAUUCUGUGAUCCAAACUCUUACAAACUACUCAAGAUCCAGCCAACAUAUGCAAUUGCUACUGUCAAUGGAGAUAAAGAAAUGCUACGACGGUCUGUUCAUUUGCUGGGAAUGCAAAAAGAAACCCAUCUCAUUCCUGCAGAUGAAGUAGACAAGGAAGUAGAGGAUGAUACAUUCUCUUUUAUUACAGAGUGUUUUUUUAUCACUCACAAAGCUAUACAGGUGUUUUUGCAACCUGUGAUAGGCCGUCUGCUAUCUGUCAACCGUGACCUGCAUCAGAUACAGAGACUGUACAAUGAAGUUAUUCAACAGUCACAGGGAAAUGAAGAGCCUGUUCUCAAUAUCAAAAGCAGAAUGGAGAAAGCAAUGUCCUUCUAUCUGAACCGCAAGGCAGCAUUAACACAGCCAGAGCUGCUGUCUCUAGCACUGAGGUUCCAGAUAGCAUCAUCUGCCUGGCUGUGUCGCCUGGCUACCAUGAAGCUACCAAAAGCAGCAGAUGUGGAUGCUAAUACCAAGGUACCAGAGCUUCAGUUUCCCCUGGAGGAUUCUGUGCCUGGAGUGUUGGCCUGCAUCCCCGAGUUUGUGGCAGAGAACAUCUGUCAUAUCAUCAAUCAUAUACACAGGUUUGAGGACAGCAUACUGGAGUCAGAAGAGAACAAACUGGAGUAUUUGCUGUCCUUCAUCCUUGUGUUUAUGAGCUGCCCCAAACGAAUGAAGAACCCUCACCUGCGGGCAGAGCUGGCAGAGAUGCUGGCUUCUCUCAUGCCCAUUCAACCAAACGAGGUGCAUCCAGACCGACUGCUGGGCUCACAGUAUUUCCGAGAGCAGUUGUUUGAAAGUCACCCACAUGCAUCAUACAUCCCAGAGACCGUAAUGCAUGUCUUUGUCAGCAUUGAGAUGACUGGGGAAAGUGUUGCCUUCGAGCAAAAGUUCAAUUAUAGAAGGCCUAUGUACAGCAUCCUCAAGUACAUCUGGAACAUUCCAUUACACAAAGAAAAGAUAAAGAGCCUUGCAAAAGUUGCAGAGGAGAAUAUAGUAUGUUCAAACCCUCCCCUGUUUUUGAGGUUCAUUAACUUGCUGGUCAAUGAUGCUACAUACCUGCUCGAUGAGGCUUUAAUGUUUAUGGGCCAGAUAAAAGAGAAGCAGACAGAGCGGGACAGGGGAGACUGGAGCCGCUUGUCUGAAGCACAGAGACAUCAGGAGGAGGCCAACCUGCAGCAGAUCUCUCGCCUUGCCCAGUACCACAAUGUCAUGGGCAGUGCAACCAUCAGCACCCUGAAGAUGAUUACGGGAGAAAUCCAGUCCAUAUUUUGUCACCCAACAUUUGUGGACAGAAUCGCCAGUAUGCUAAACUACUUCUUAUGUCGACUGGUUGGUCCCAAGCAGAAGGAGUUGACCGUGAAGGACAAAGAGAACUAUGAUUUCAAGCCACAGGAGACGGUUUCCAACAUCUCGGCCAUCUAUCUGAACUUGCAGACCAGUGAUCUCUUCUGUCAGGCAGUCUAUAAGGAUCAGAGAUCAUACACACCUGAGUUGUUCAAACAGGCAUGCCAGGUUUUGGAGAAAAUUGGAAGUUCCCCUCAGACAAUAUUAGACUUCAUGGAGCUUGAUGAGAAGAUUAAAGAGAUGCAGACUGCUAAAAUGUCAGAGGAACAGGCACUAGUUGAUGCACCUGAAGAGUUCCUAGAUCCAAUUAUGGAAACAUUGAUGACUGAUCCUGUGAUGCUUCCAUCCUCACGCAAGAUUGUGGAUAGGACAGUUAUAGCCAGACACAUUCUCAGUGAUCAGACAGACCCGUUCAACAGACAGCCCUUGUCUCUAGACAAGGUUAUUCCUCAGCCAGAGCUGAAGGCCAAGAUUGAGGCCUGGGUUGCAGACAGGAUGAAGAAUUUAUAG